CGCCUAAGGAUACGGAUGUGUUGCUCGUUCCGUUCUAUUCCUACUUCACUGCACUUGGGGGUCUGCAGGAAUUUCGACGAUUUUCCGCGUGUGAGUGUAUCCAUUUCGGUUCGGGUGCUUCGUGAGCGACGGUUACUCGUAGCGCUGGUGGAAGAUGACGAUGUUGACGUUCUAACGCUGCUAGUACUGUCGGAUGCUGUAUUCUCUUUGAUCUCAUCUCGUCCUUGUCGUCGGGGUGUCACUGUCACAUCUCCGGCUAGUCUGCCUCUUUUAUCGUUUGCGAUUGUGUGUGUGCGGGUUGCGUAUAUUUUGUGCGGUUCCGAUAUCCUGCGCCUUGACAGGAUUGCAAAAUUUGUGUAGACAAAAUUUAUCCGACGGCAGUAGUGGCUAAAAGAGUGUAGUCGGCUCUCGUUUGCCGUCAGUCAGUUAGCAGACAGUAGUGGCGAGAAUUCGACGGGGUGGUUUUGGCCCCAAAAACUUUUGCUCCACCAAACAGAGUGAAGUUGUGUCCUUUCCGAAUCGGGGUGCGGAUCUCCGGUGAAUCCGAUCUGAUCUCUAAGUAUGUUGAAAGGUGUACAAGCAAAUGGAUUAUAGUUCCUGCUAAGUGAUGUGUCAGUGAUAGUGUUUUAAUCUGAGAAAAAAAUAAUGAAAAUCCAUUAGGAUUCAAGUCUGAGAAAAAACGGUGCAUCAAUAAACAAGUAUCAACUGUAUUUCAUAAAGAGUCAAAGCCGAUUUAGUUCAGGAAUGUCACUAAACCGAAUCCUACGAGAAACUUAAUUACAAUGGCCAGCCCCCGCGGACCAGUGCACCAGUAGCAUCCAACAACAUCGACUGGAAUAGGCAGAACAACAACCGAACAGCAUGGAAAAAUUAAUCCACUUCGGCGGUUUGUCAACAUAAACCGUGGCGGAUUUCGGAACACGACUGCGACGACAACGACGACGACGAGGACUACGGCGACGGUGGUAGAAAACAAUCGAUGCCAAAUUGAUGAACUGGUUUAUGCAAAUCGAACUGUGCUUUGUCCAUCGGAUCGAAUUGGUUAUCGUUUGGGGAGAAUCACGUACCGUGCAAUAAUCAGUUCCCUAUUUUUCGUCGAUUCCCGGUGGAAUUGCAUCUCUCUGGGCGGGGGGAGUCAGUGUAUGUGCAAUAAGUUAGUUUAUCGAAUCGUGUGAUAUUUGUGCCCGUGUUCUGUACUGCAAGCUGCUCGAAAGCCAGCGGUUGUUUGUGAAUCCAAAUCCUAGGAAAAGGAAAAGAAAUAUAAUGCAGGAAAACAGUGUGGCUGCAAUUCCGGUGUCCGGUGCGACCAUUACUGCUUCCGGCAUUACGGGGAACGGAAACCAAGCGGCCGGUGGUGGUGGCGGUGGGAGCGGAGGUCACACGUCUUCCAGCAGCACUUCCGGACCGACGCCACUGUCUUCGCCGAGCAACAGCACCAUCAGCGAGAUCGAUCAGGCCCAGUUCGAGGCGGACAAACGGGCGGUGUACAAGCAUCCACUGUUUUCCCUACUGGCGCUGCUGCUAGAGAAAUGCGAACAGGCAACGCAAGGCUACAUUCCCUCCUCGAGCUCAACCAGUCCGAAUGGUUCUGCCAACGGAACUAGCGAGGGAGAUAGUUUCUCCCGGGACGUUCAGGCCUUCGUACAGAUGCUGGAGAAAGAAAAACGCCCCCUUCUAACAAACAAUUCAGAACUAGAUGGCCUUAUGAUUAAAGCACUGCAAGUCCUGCGGAUACAUUUGCUCGAGCUGGAAAAAGUUCAGGAGCUCUGUCGGGAUUUUUGUACGCGGUACAUUGCCUGCUUGCGCGGGAAAAUGCAGUCGGAGAAUUUGCUCCGCUCGGACUAUGCGUCGGAGCAUAACAACAACCUAUCGAACUCGAAUAGUCCUAUCAACAGUCCAGAACAGGAUCUAUCCGGGAGCGCUCAAGGAUAUUACCAAAAUACCGACUACCUGUCGGCAACCGAUACCAAUGAGUACAGCAAUAUGCAAGCAGGUCAAUUUGAUCAACUGCACAUACCUCCUAGGCCUACUACCUGUGAGCAUGCACCAAAACACUUACAGAAUCCUAACAUCGCUCCCUACACACCACUGACAGCUGAUCAUUCACAAUCUGCCUUCUCAUCCUUCCAUCAUAACACCACACCACACCACGUUUCACCACAACAACACAUUCCCAGCACCACCCCCCUAAGCCAAAAAGGCAACUCACCACACCCACUGUCAAAUGUGUUCACCGACGAUCAGCUGUCACUCAGUGGCUGCUCGGAAGAAUUGGACGAUUCCGAAAUGGACACCACCGCAACCGACGAUAAGAGCCGCGGUAAACAAUCAAAACGGGGGAUUUUCCCCAAGCAUGCUACCAACGCACUGCGCGCUUGGUUAUUUCAGCAUCUAGUCCAUCCCUAUCCUACUGAGGACGAGAAACGAGCACUAGCUGCCCAAACCAAACUCACGCUGUUGCAAGUCAAUAACUGGUUCAUCAAUGCCCGACGCCGAAUCGUGCAACCCAUGAUAGACCUCUCCGGUCGAAGCCUAGCAUCCCCAUCCAUGUCACAAGCGUCUUCUCCUGCUGACCACUAUGCACAAACCUUCGCCAACCAACGGUACUGGUGCGACAGCCCGCAAAUGACCGGACAGUUACCAAUCCAACUAGCUACCAACAUUGAAAAUAUUGGUGUUCCUAACAUCAACCAGGCGGCCAGUUCGGGACAUCUUAUGUUACCUUCACCUCAACCACUGAUGCAUCCUGGGGAACACUACCACCAUUCUAGCCCGCAACCACACCACCACCAGCAGCAACAACAGCAUCACCAUCAUCCUCAUCCUCAUCCCCAUCAUCAAUACUUAUAGUGCUUUCUGAAGACGAGUCCUUCGGUGGGCGCUGAGCUUUUCACUCUAAGACACAAAUCCUUCAACCGAUGUAUACUGAGAGCAACUAACGAAUGCCAUACAAGUUCUAGUUUAAAAUGCCGAUUUCUUCGUUAUAUUUUUUUUGUUAAGUUUAGGAAGAGGAUAAGGAUUUGUCUUUAUUAUUUUGCUAGGCAAGCUACACCUCAGAGCAAAAGAAGGAAAUACUUAAUAAGUCUGUUCGUUUACGUCCGGAUCUGGAUGUAGAACCGAUGAUUUUCUUUUAUGUUUUAGUAUAAUACUGCCGGUAGCUAAUAAUGCGUCUGUAUCAUCCAGAAACCAGAGUGAUUUGAAUAAUUAUUUUUCAAGACACUUACCUCUGUCACGGAAGAAACCAAUGCAGUCUCGAAAGUAGUUCAUUUUUUGCGUCCACGUGGCUCUUGAAAAUGUUCAGGGAGAAUUUUUCACCUAUACUACGUCAAGAUUCUAUAACUUAAUCACAUCACACAUUCACUGUCUCGACGUUAUAGAAAAAAAGCUUGUACCAAAUAGGCACAAUACUUCGGGUAGAUCUUACUGCCGAAAAUCCGAACGGUAAAGAACAUUAAUUAUUCUAUUUGUACUAGGUAAUUUAAAUUGAGUCAGAAUUUUAAUUUUCCAAACUGAAUAGAAAGAGAAAUGACAUUUCUUUACAAAGCAAAGCAUAGCCAACUUUGAUCCGAAUACCUAAUCAGAACACACUUCAAAUGGCUAUCCGCCUGCAUCAAUUACGUUCGAUGUUUAUUCUUCUCUGAAGGGAUUCGACCUUUCGAACCAAAUAAAAAGCUCAAAAACAAAACGAACCACGCGAUCUAACCAUUUUCCGUUCUUUGAAAAAGUAAAACUAACGCGUACAUGUCAUCCUAGUUAUUCAAUUACCCAAAAUGAGAAUGAAAAAAAAACGGGGACGCCAAGUCCCAAGUCGCUUGGAGCGAAUAAAAAAACGCAUAAAUAAUUAUGAUUCCGCCAGGUCAGCACCAGGCUCAGGACAAAAUGUUAUAAAUAUGAUAAUGAAAUAUUGUCAGUUCCAUUCCCCUCCCCUUCGGCUUGAACAGGUGCGGCAGCUUGGACGGUACACACAGCAGAAACAAAAGCGAAACACAAAGCAGAAAAUGAAAACAUCAUUAACGAGGAAAUUUGCGCGUCCAAGUUGAUGACGAAGUUGAAUUGAUUAAUAUUUAUUACAAAUAAUGAGGUCCCUCCGUCGGAGUUACCAUCGCCGAGAAGGUUGGUUCAAGAAUAAACAAACACACGUAACUCAAUUAAACACAAAUAAACUGAAGUGCUCGGGUCAAAUGCAGAAACGAUUACAUGAAUAAAUAUUAUUUACAUAGAGAUUUUAUAUAUUCAAACGAAAAGGCACGCGCUGAAGGUUGGACCGAAAAAGGCACACUUUUUCGAAUAUUAAUUAUCGUAUUAAGCGAUAAUUGAAUGCUUAUGAUAAUGCCAAUUAUCACGCGCAGGUUCCCACUAAUCGCAGUGGGAAAAUAAAUGCUGAUAGGUUUGAAAGCAGCAGCACCUCACAGCUACAGACAGUUUUGAAGGUAAAAAUAAUCCUACCAAUCACCAGUCAGGCCAAGUAAUCGCGAACGCUCCUAGGUGGAAGAAAAUAGACGACAAAUAAUUUUCUUUUAGUUUAAGUGUAAAAUUUAAGUUAUUCAAAAUAGUCAAAAGUUCAAUCCAACAACCCUAUGUUAACCAACUGGCAAAUCAGUAACGGAUAUACGUAAAAUAAAUACCAAGUGAACAUUGUAAUAAUAUGUAAAAAAGCAACUAACGAAGGAUAGAAGAAAAACAUCAGCAAAACGAGAACGAGGAAGAAUUGAGCCUGUGAUAAUAGAUUUAUUUGAUUUUCAUAUCUCUUACUAAUCAGCAACAAUAACAACAACAACAACAAUGAAAACAGUCCACUAAAAAUGCAACAAAAAUACGUAAAAUUCCUAUCUCUGUGUCAUAAUAUAGAAGCAACCGAACGGCGAAGAAAGCAAAAUAUACCAACUCUACGAAUAAGUUUAUUUAGUAGCUAAUCGAGAGGAAACCGAAUGCCAAUUGUAAUCUGAGAUGUAAACUACCACAAACUCAAACUGCUAAUCGAAAUCUGUAUACGUAACAGUUUACACCUUAUUUAUCUUAUUUUUUUGUUUUUAGUUUAACAAUCUACCCUCAGAAUGCAUAACUACCCCAUUGUAGGCUAGCGAAACGUCGGCAAAACCGAAGGACGCACGUGCAACAUGAAACCUAUUGUCGCCCAGCGGCGAACGUUGAACAUAUUGUACAUACGAUUUAAACUUCUUAGCGAGAAACUUAACUCUAAUGUUAUAUUUUCCACUACACCAACCAACUACCACCACUACCGGGGGUGACACAAUAGCUUCGUUGGUCGCGUGACAGCAGUAUCGAAGAAGCAAGCCAAAAAGAUUGUUCCUCGCUGAUUGUGUAGCGGCUCGCCGACCAGCUCGACAAACUAUACGCCAAGUUUAUUAAUCUUAGCUGCAGUUAGUAGGCGUUGAUUGCUAUUUAAUUGCCGUUGCUUCAGUGUUUAGAGAUGGCUUCGGUUGAUUCCAACAGUACACAGUGUACGGUAAUACAAUAAAGGAAUAAAACUGUCACGUGUGCAGUAGUGGUCAAUCGUUUUGAUUUUUAAAAAGUAAUCGAAAAAAUUCGCUUGUUUCCUAAACGAAAUUCAAAUUUAAACUUUAUAACUUCACAAAAUUGAAUGCUUUAGUAUUUUUUAACCUGUACAAAUGCAACGAUAACUUUGAGAACUCUGAAAUAAAUUAUGUAACUAAUUUUGAAAAAAAAAAACUAAAUAAAAA